AUGACAAUCUCAACUGAUUCAGAAACAGAAUACCGGAAGGAAAUUCAAAGACAACUAGACUUGAAUCAUUCCCAUUUACAAUCCAUCGAACAGAAUCCACACUCACAAAUCCGUUUUGAAGUGGACCUUUCAGAUGCCGAACUAUCGUCGCGAGGGUGUUCCCCAGAUGCAAAGAUAUUUUUCUUUGAUAUAGAUAACACGCUAUACAGUUCCAGUAAGCAUAUCAACGAAUUGAUGCGUCAUGCAAUAUUGAAAUUCUUCGAGAAUGAAUUAGGUGUUAACUGCACCAAGGCCGCUAAACUAAUUGAUUCAUACUACCAAGUGUAUGGUCUAGCCAUCGCUGGUAUUAUUAAAGAUUUCCACGUGGACCCCUUGGAAUACAAUAAAUUUGUCGAUGAUGCACUCCCCUUGCAAGACAUAUUGAAACCUGAUUUACAAUUAAGAAGGGUCCUUUUAUCCUUGAGGGAGUCAGGGUAUUUCGAUAAGUUUUGGUUAUUUACUAAUGCCUAUAAAGAUCAUGCCAUCAGAGUAGUUAAAAUUCUGGGUGUGGCAGAUUUAUUCGAUGGGAUUACAUAUUGCGAUUACACAAAAUUGAAAUUUGGUAAAAAUCAUUCCGUGAUGUGCAAACCAAAUCCUCAAUAUUAUCAAUUAGCUAAAUUACAAAGUGGAUUACCUAAAUUCGAAAAUGCAUGGUUAGUGGACGAUUCUUGGAAUAAUAUAAAGACUGCUAUGGAAUUAGGGUUUGAUAAAUGCUUUUUUCUAACUGAUGAUGUAAAAACUUAUCAGCAAUAUGAUAGGGGCCAACUUUCUGUGAUAAACGAUAUUUUGAAUGUGCCCACUCAUGUUGAAAAUGCCAAGGUGCAACAACAAGAUAAUAUCCCAAAACCAAUACCAAUACCAAUACCAAUGAUCAAUUAA